AAAACAUGCGUUUUGACAAGUGCCGUGACGUCAUUGUCACGUGACUGAACCAAUAUGGCUGACAAGUUGUGAAUGAGCAUUACCGAGUAUCUCCGUCAUCCAGGAAUACUUCUGCGAACUGUUGUCGACAGUUCUCCCGGUCCUACUCAUAACACGGAAGUGAGGGUAGGAUUCAGCGGGUAGCAUCUUCAUCUUUCUGGGUAUCAUCAAGUCAAGUCAAAUCUCACCAAUACACUUCUUGAAAAUGUCCAACGAGGAUUCAAAUGGACAUCUGUACAACGUCCCUCUGUCCAGUGAUAGCGAACCAGGGGAUAAUAUGGAAAAAAAUAAAGCUAUCGUGGAACAGGAAAAUACAAAAAAUGAAGGAUUUACUGGAACAACACACAGUUUGGACCCAGACAUCAACCCUGAUGAAGAAGAGGAGAAACAGAGACUGAUCACACAGGUGUUGGAGCUGCAGAACACACUGGAUGAUUUGUCAUCGCGUGUGGACACAGUGAAGGAGGAAAACCUGAAACUUAAGUCUGAGAACCAAGUUCUUGGCCAGUAUAUUGAGAACCUAAUGGCGGCCAGCAGCGUUUUCCAGUCGACUUCCCCCAAAUCGAAGAAGAAGUAAACCUCACUCUCAAAAUGUGGACAUCCAUUAUACCUGUGAUUACAAUGUGUACAGAUGCUAGUCAGACAGAAUCUCCAUUGAUUGUUUCUGGUCAUUCAGUGUUCAGUGUUAAACUAUCACCCACAUUUCACAAACAGCUGAAUCAAUAUUUCUAUACCAAGGCCUAGUCCUUGUUAAAGAGAAAUAUCUAGCGAAACUGCUAAAAUAUUCAGAGGAUAUGUGCAAUAAAUUAUUUUGAAAUUCUAUCAUGCGUAGCUCUGAUAAGUUGUCCUUAUCUUUCAUAAUGUCUUGAAGUAGUUACAAGCACUAUUGUUUGUACAUUGCAUGUUGUGAUUGAGCACAUGUAUAUAUUUGCAUAUUAUACUACAGGAAGGGCUAUGGCUGUGAAUGUAAUAUAGCUUCUGUCAUUGUAUGUGGAAUGGGACCUUUCGGGGGCCAUCUCAAAUGUUGGUGCACUAUUUUUGGAAAUAGUGACUUGGGUCAAUUGAGUUCAAGG